AUGGUUACAACAGUCUUCAUUAAUGGCCGUAUCUUCUGCGGCUCAUCGGGUCUUUUUGCCUCCACUCUGGUAAUCGAGGACGAUCAUGUCGCACACAUCGGCUGGGAGAACGACGACGCGGUUAUCCAAGUUCAAGCAAUAGCAUCAACGGUGGAUUUGAAGAAUCGAAUGGUCCUACCGGGAUUUAUUGACGGCCAUGUGCACAUACUUAAUUUUGGUAUGUCACUGCAGAAGCUCGACCUUCUACCUUGCAAGACCCUCGGAGAUAUCCAAGAUGCCAUCACUUUCUACGCAGCAACUCACCCCUCGGAUCCACGAAUUUUGUGCCGAGGCUGGGUUCAGUCAGUUACCGAUAGUAAAGCUCUUGCAACCGCUUUAGACGACCUAGAUCCGCGACCUAUCUACAUCGAGGCAUUGGAUCUCCACUCAACCUGGUGCAAUAAUUCAGCCCUCAAAGAGCUUGAAGUUCACUCAAAGCCCGACCCUCCAGGUGGAAAGAUUCAUCGCUACUCUGACGGCACCCCCUCUGGUUUGCUCGAGGAGGCGGCGCAAUUCGACAUUGUUUGGCCAUUUCUGGGUCGGGUCACCUCCAUGGAGAAGAAGCUGGCUGCGAUUGAUGCUGCGAUCAGUGCACAUCGACGUGCUGGAUAUACUGGGCUUGUGGAUAUGGCUAUGGAGGAGAGUGAGUGGGUGGCAUUAAAUGCAUACAGAGCCCAGCGUGGUGAGCUUCCGAUGCAUGUGGCAGUACACUGGUUGGUGCCUUACUCAAAAUGCGAUACCGAUAUCUUCAGUCAAAUUGAUCGUGUCAUUGCACUUCACCAAAACUUCAACCGUAAAAUCUCCCCGGAGUUUUGCGUCAAUGGCGUCAAGCUAAUUUGUGACGGAACUGUGGAUGGGUGUACAGCUGGAUUACACCAGCCGUAUGGCGGACUUUCCGAUAUUGUCGAUCCCAUCUGGCCUGCUAAUACCCUUGUAGUGGCUAUUCGCCGUGCUACUGAAGCGGGCCUACAGUGCGCCAUUCACGCAAUUGGGGAUCGAACAGUAGGGCAGGCCAUUGACUGUUUAUCCCAAAUCGAAGACCUGCCAGCAUGCCGUCAUCGCAUUGAACAUUUAGAGAUAACAACCCCCGAAGAUGCAAAAAGGCUUGGCCAACUUGGAAUCGUGGCCUCAGUCCAGCCCGUUCACCUAGACCCGGCGACUUUUGACGCCUGGCCAGAGAUGCUUGGGAUUAAGCGUUGUAAGCGGGCUUUUGCUUACCAGGAGUUCAUCGAUGGAGGGGCUCAUUUGGCCUUUGGGACCGAUGCUCCCACUGCAGAACAUUACGCACUGCCCAAUCUCUACGUGGCUACUACUCGGCGGUCGUCCAUCAACCCCUCUUCACAAGAUACCGUCAAUCCCGAGUUCGGGGUUUCCCUCGCAACCGCCAUCUCAGCAGCUACUGCGGAGGCUGCAUAUGCGUCUUUUUCGGACUCAUGGACAGGGACUCUGCGUCCGGGAUACAAGGCCAAUUUUGUCGUCCUUGACAUGGUCUGGGACAUAGAAUCGCUUUUAGAAGCGCGAGUGUGCCAAACCUGGUACAAGGGAAAGAAGGUGUUUGAUGAAGAGGAUGGCUUGUGA